ACAUAAUGUUUUAUAUUGAAUAUUCACUUGCAAGGGCUAUGAAAUAGUAAAAAAAUUAUAUUGUAAAUUCAACGCCAGCGCAAAAUUACAUCGUGUGUUUUGACACGAACAUUUCUUACAUGCUAUUUGGCCUCUUUUACAUGACACUCUUUAAACGCGAUAAUAAUUUAGAAUAUGAAAAAUAUUUUACCCAGGUACGGUGGUAGAACAUAUUUUAUGUCAGCACAUGUAGAUCUAAACACUUCGCCUAGUUCAGCCGCUAAAAAGUUAUACUUUUCAGUUUGAAGGGUGGGACAACUAUCUAACAAUACAGUUCAGACUUCGAGCUCUUAUGCUAAAUCGGGUGAUCAUAUUUACAUUCUGAUGAUGGGAUCCAGUUACUAUUACAUAAUAGGUUACCUGUAUGUAUGUGUGUACACUCGUAUAUGCAAAAAAACCAUAGAAAGUGCGUGUAUUGUAAUUGUAAAGGUUUUCGCUAAAAUCAUCAGCUAUCUAUCUAUACAAAAAAAUAAAAUUGGAGUCUGUUUGUAAUAAUAAAAUAACCACUUUUUACUAAAUGCGUAAGUAUGUAUACACAGUACAUAUACCAAAAUAACAUAUUUUUGAAGUGAAAACUUCUUUAGAAUCGUUGUGAUUUCAAACCGGAUGCAACGGAAAAAACGACAAGUAAGAGACACAAAUACAAAAAUGUGUAGGAUGAAGCCAGCAAAGAAUGAGACAGAAAUAUACAUACUAUUUAAUACAGCGCCAUCUGUGAGAUUUUUUAAUACUAACGUGUGUAUGAAAGCUCUUGUAGUGAAUUUUAAUUUAGGAUUAUACGUGAAAUUAAAAUAUCAAUUCACAGAGGGCGCUACCUUACAAUUAUUUACUAAUGACAAAAUUUUACAUAUACUUAAGACGUUUAGGAUAAUUGUAUUUUAAUUUUGGAAGGUUUCACUUCUACCACGUGUGAAUUGCACACAUGUAAUUUUUUUUUAAUUUUGUCUUUCUUUCUGUUAGUCUGUCUGUCUGUUUGUUCCGGCUAAUGUCUGGACCGAUUUUGACGGGACUUUUACUGAUAGGUAGCUGAUGAUAUAAGGAGUAACUUAGGCUACUUUUUUAGACUAGCUUCGCCUAGCGGCGUCACCCGCGGUACGACAAUAACCGCGGGUAGCAUCGCGGGAGUCAGCUAGUUAGAAAUAAAUUUGAACGCUGCUACAUUAAUAAAUGUAUAACACAAUGCACACUGUAAUAACAAAGGUUUAAAAAAAUUGAAAAAUAACUAGUCAGGUCAUAAGUAUUGUCACACAGUAAAAACUUUUCUUUUAGAAUGCUGGCCACAAAAAAGUUUAUUGAAUUCGAAUUUCGAAUUGUUCAUGAAAAUAAAAAUGUAUACUUUUAGAAUUUUACUCAUUUUUAAAUAUGGAGUGGACGCUUAAAGAAGACCGUGUUGCAGUUAUUGCGUUGCAUCGUUGCGGUUACGCGCCAAUUCAAAUUUUUAACAUACUGAAAAUUUUGAAUAUAACCAAAAGAUUCGUUUAUCGUACCAUCAAACGAUACAAUGAAGACUCUAGUGUAGAUGACAGGUCAAGAAGUGGUCGCCCUCGGUCUGUUAGGACUCCAGCAGUGAUAAAAGCUGUGAAGGCGCGAAUUCAAAGAAAUCCCAAACGUAAGCAGAAACUGUUAGCCCUUCAGAUGGGGUUAAGCAGAACCACGGUGAAAAGCGUGUUAAAUGAAGACUUAGGGCUUCGGGCAUAUCGAAGAAAAACAGGACAUCGUUUGAAUGCUCGUCUAAUGGACCUGAGACUGAAGAGAUGCCGCGCUUUGUUGAAGCGGUACGCGGGAAAAAAAUAUCGGGAAAUUAUUUUUUCGGAUGAAAAAAUUUUUACCGUAGAAGAGAGCUACAACAAACAAAAUGAUAAGGUGUACGCAGUAGUGAAGAAGCGAGCAACCGUAUUCCGCGUGUCCAACGAGGUCAUUUUCCAUCCUCGCUCAUGGUAUGGUUCGGAGUUUCUUAUUGGGGCUUAACAAAGGUACAUUUUUGUGAGAAAGGUGUAAAAGCGAAUGCAAUUGUGUAUCAAAAUACAGUCUUGACGAACCUUGUGGAACCCGUUUCUCAUACCAUGUUCAAUAACAGGCACUGGGUAUUCCAAGAAGAUUCGGCGCCAGCUUAUAGAACGAAGAGCACUCAAGACUGGCUGGCGGUGCGUGAAAUCGACUUCAUCCGGCACGAAGACUGGCCCUCCUCCAGUCCAGAUUUGAAUCCGUUAGAUUACAAGAUAUGGCAACACUUGGAGGAAAAGGCGUGCUCAAAGCCUCAUCCCAAUUUGGAGUCACUCAAGACAUCCUUGAUUAAGGCAGCCGCCGAUAUUGACAUGGACCUCGUUCGUGCUGCGAUAGACGACUGGCCGCGCAGAUUGAAGGCCUGUAUUCAAAAUCACGGAGGUCAUUUUGAAUAAACUUUAGUGUCAUAAGAAUCUAUGUUUUGUUAAGUUCAUCUUGGUAUAUGAAUGGUUACAUAAUGAAUAAACUUGUUUCAAUUAUUUUACAUUAAACAUGUGACAGAAUUUAUGACCUGACUAGGUACUAUAUGUUUGCCAUGCAAAUGACUAUUAUAUGGAAUCAACAACACAAGCAUACAAUUUACGACCGCUAGGCACGCCAGUGCAAGUCUGCUCGCGCAAAUUACCGUUUGUCUUCUUGGCUUAAUAACUAUAUAUUUUUUAAUAUUUUUAUCUAACGUACAUAAUGAGUUCGGCGCUUCAACAAAAGCUUUUGCAAAUUCCCGAAGAUUCCAUGGAGCAUAUACAGAAACGAUACGGUUACGAUGAAAGAAAAAUGAAUGAGGCCGUCGAUAUUCUGGAGGAAUGGCUGAAGAAACAGAAUCAUUUCGUGAAAAAAGAUUUUCCAAGGAAAUAUUUAGAAAUGAGCAUAUUAGGAAGCAAGUGCUCUAUCGAAAGGACUAAAUCUAGGCUAGAAAAAUUGUUUACUCUCCGUAGUGUUCUACCGAAGUUUUAUGGUUUCGAGGAUAUUAGGAAGGAUUUUGAAAACCUGUUCUUCUGUUCAACGUUAAUUGUAUUGCCCAAAUUAAUAGAUUAUCAUAGAAUACUUUUCUUGAAAUCGAUCGGGAACGAAUUCUUUGAUAAAAUUCCGUAUUUAGAUUAUUACAAAUUGAUUAUUGCGUACAUAGAUUAUCUCAAGAUGUAUGAUUGUGCAGAUGGAUACAUAAUAAUUGUCGAUUACAGAGACAUAAGCAUUAUGAAUUUGUUAGCUCGACUCAACCCAGUAGAAUUAAAGGAGUUUACCACAAUAAUUUUGGAAGGUUACGGACUAAGAAUAAAAGGGAUUCAUAUAUUGACUCCUUCGAAAACAAUCGACGCUUUCUUAAAAAUAGUAAAACCGUUAUUCAGUCCUAAAGUGGCAUCCAGAUUCCAAGUGCAUGAAACAUUGGAAUCACUGCACCAGGUUAUAUCUCAGGAAAUACUGCCCAAAGAACUGGAAGGGAUGGAUCGAUCACUAAAAGAAAUACAAGAGGAUUGGAUCGAUCUGUUGAGUUCGAAGGAAAGCUCAGAAUACUUUUGUGAAAUGAAAAAAGCUCAAGUCAACGAGGCGUAUAGGGUGAGGGAAAUGAAAAAUGAAGACAUGGGAUUGCCAGGCACUUUCAGAACUUUGAGCGUCGAUUAAAAUAUAAAGUACAUAUGUAUAUUUCGUGGAAGAAUGAAAGGAUUUUACAGGAAGGAGAUUCAGGGAAUGCGAUUUUAAGUUCAAAAAUAAAAUGUAUUUUUUUUUUAUAUUUCAAUAUCGUUAGCAUUGUUGGAAUUUAUGUUAUUCGUAUUUUUUUUAUUAUUGAAUUUUAUUAAAAUCCAACUGACAGACUGUAAGAACAAUUUCGAAAUAAAUCUAUUAAAAAUCGUAA